CCCUGACCCAAGUACUAUAAAAGCACUAGCUGCCUCCUUCUCACGGAGAUAAAACCGACCCGGCGGCUCCGGCACCAGGGUCCAGGCUGUGACAGCCCAUCCAGGCCUGGACGCUGGAUCAACACCUGUGACUUCACGUGUGCGUCCUCCGCUACAUCUGUAGUCACAUCUAUAGCCACCUUGACCGAAGAGUCCACACUUAGGUUUGGAACCUAGGUGGCUACAAGUUCUCAAACCUCAUCUGUGACCCUCAACAUCCUAACACCUGGGUCACACUUGUGACACUCAAAUUCCCACCUGUUACCAACACUCAUAACACUUAGAUCACAUUUGUGAAACUUGGCCACACUCUCUGUGUGGCUACAACCUGAAACCAUAGUGACACCCAAGGGAGUCUUAACCUUAUUUGUAAUAGCUGACUGCUCCCGUGACCACAACCCAUUACAGAGUAACAGCUACUUUGACUCUCCCAGACUGCCCUUGUAGGAGCAAUGGCCGUUGAGAGGGGAGCCCAGCGUGUGCUGUUCAGCGAGUGGCUACUGGAUAAGGUCAAUAGUGGCCAAUAUGAGGGACUGCGGUGGCUGAAUGAGGCUCACACAGUCUUCCGUGUGCCCUGGAAGCAUUUCGGACGCAGGGAUCUCGAUGAAGCCGAUGCACGUAUCUUCAAGGACUGGGCUGUGGCCCGAGGGAGGUGGCCACCUAGUGGAGAUAAUUUGCCACCACCAGAGGCUGAGGCUGCUGAGCGAGCAGGCUGGAAAACCAACUUCAGAUGUGCGCUGCACAGCACAGGCCGCUUUAUCUUGCAUCGGGACAAUUCAGGGGACCCUGCUGACCCACACAAGGUGUACGAACUUAGCUCGGAGCCUGGAUCUGCUGCUCUCAGGCAUCAUAACCAAGUUGUAUGUCAGCUUCAGAUCAAACACGCCCUCCCCUUUCCUUCAGAAGGCCUGGCCAUGGAAAAUAGGGCAGAAGUGACCCUCAGCAAUGCUCUACCCACACAGGUUCUGCAAUAUGGCUUCCUGGAGGCCCACCUACUGGAAUCCGAAUUUGGGGUAGACUCAGUCCCACCACAGGCUCCUGGCCAGGAGCAAGAACAAGCUUCAGCGGAGCCCCAUGCCACAUGGCAGGUGGAAGCUGUCCCCAGCCACAGGCUUCAACACCCAGCUCUGGGGACCGGGCGCAACCUGGGGUCCCUGGAUGUGACCAUCAUGUACAAGGGGCGCACAGUGCUACAGGCAAUGGUGGGGCACCCCAGCUGCGUGUUCCUGUACAGCCCCGUGGGCUUGGCGACAACCUCCCAGCCCCAGCCGGUCAUUUUCCCCAGCCCUGCCGAGCUCCCAGAUCAGAAGCAGCUGCGCUACACAGAGACACUCCUUCAGCACGUGUCUCCAGGCCUUCAGCUGGAGCUGCGCGGGCCAUCCCUGUGGGCCCUGCGGAUGGGCAAGUGCAAGGUGUACUGGGAGGUGGGCAGUCCCACGGGCUCCAUCGACCCCUCCACACCAGCCCAGCUGUUGGAGCGCAACUGCUCCACCCCCAUCUUUGACUUCAGCACUUUCUUCCGAGAGUUGGAGGAGUUCCGGGCCCGGAGGCGGCAAGGAUCACCACACUACACCAUCUAUUUGGGUUUUGGACAAGACUUGUCAGCAGGGAGGCCCAAGGAGAAGAGCCUGAUCCUGGUGAAGCUGGAGCCAUGGCUAUGCAAGGCACACCUGGAAGGCGUGCAGCGCGAAGGCGUGUCCUCCUUGGACAGCAGCAGUCUUGGCCUGUGCCUAUCUAGCACCAACAGUCUCUAUGAUGACAUCGAACACUUCCUCAUGGACCUGGGUCAGUGGGCUUAGCCCAGAAUCCCGACUCCCAAUAAAGAGAGUUCAGAACCA